CAACUCGACCGUGUUCGCCGAGAAACCAAGCCACGGUCACCAUGGCGCACGCCGGCGAUGCCACGGCGCCGCUCCUCUCCUCGCCGGCCAAGCCCGGCGACGAGCCCCGCCGCAACAUGUACGCCUUCGGCUGCGCCACCCUCGCCUCCAUGACCACCAUCCUCAUGGGCUACAAUCUCGCGCUGAUGAGCGGCGCGCAGCUGUUCGUCCGGGAGGACGUGGGGCUGAGCGACGCGCAGAUCGAGGUGCUCGCCGGGUCGAUGAACGUGUUCAUGCUCGUGUCCAUCCUCGCCGCCGGCUGGGCGGCCGACGUGCUCGGCCGCCGCGGCACGCUCGUGCUGGCGAACGCGUACCUCAUGGCCGGCGCGCUCGCCAUGUCGCUCGGCGCCACCUACGCCGCGCUCAUGGCCGCGCGCUUCGUCACCAGCGUCGGCGUCGGCUUCUCCCUCGUCGUCGCGCCCGUGUACAACGCCGAGAUCUCGCCGGCCUCCGCCCGCGGCGUCCUCUCCUCGCUGCUCGAUAUGUUCGUCAACGUCGGGAUCUUGCUGAGCUACGUGUCGAACUACGCGUUGGCCGGAUUGCCGGUGCACGUCGGGUGGCGCGUCAUGUACGGCAUCGGCGUGCUCCCGCCGGUGUUCCUCGCCGCGGGCGUGCUCGCCAUGCCGGAGUCGCCGCGCUGGCUCGCCAUGCGCGGUCGCCACGCCGACGCGCGCGCGGUGCUCGUGCGCACCUCCGACUCCGUCGAGGAGGCCGAGCUCCGCCUCGAGGAGAUCAAGCGAGCCGUCGAGGCGCCGCAGGAGUCCGCCGGCGUCGGCGUGUGGCGGGAGCUCCUCCUGCGGCCGUCGGCGAUGGUCCGGCGGAUCGUCACCUGCGUUGUCGGCCUCCACUUCUUCCAGCAAGCGUCCGGCAUCGACGCCAUCGUGCUGUACAGCCCGCUGGUGUUCAAGAAGGCAGGCAUGGCGUCGAACACCUCCGUCCUGGGCGCCACGGUCGCCGUCGGCGUCGUCAAGACGUGCUUCAUCCUCGUCGCCACGCUCCUCUCCGACCGCCUCGGCCGCCGCCCGCUCCUGCUCGCCAGCACCGGCGGCGUGGCCGUCACCCUCACCUCGCUCGCCCUCGCCCUCCGCGUCGCGUCGCCGUCCACGGCGAGCGCCGCGGCGUGCGUGGCGUCCGUGAUGGCGUUCGUGGCGGCGUUCUCCGUCGGGUUCGGGCCGAUGACGGCGACGUACACCGCCGAGAUCAUGCCGCUGCGGCUGCGCGCGCAGGGCGCGAGCCUCGGCAUGGCCGUGAACCGGCUGACGUGCGGCGUGGUGAGCAUGACUUUCAUCUCGCUCGCCGGCGGGAUCACCAUGGCCGGGUGCUUCUUCCUCUACGCCGGCGUGGCGGCGGUGGCGUGCGUGUUCGUGUACGUGCGGCUGCCGGAGACGAGGGGGCGGAGCUUGGAGGACAUGGACGUGCUCUUCGCCAAGUGAUCAACGUACUAUUUCAUUACUACAUUUUUUAUGGAAGAGUAUGAAGAAUUUAUUUAUUCUUAACUUUGAUUUUCUCCAUCCAAGAAGGGACGAUGUAACAUUUAGCAACCAAAAUGCAUUGGAGGUGUUAUCAGUUACUUCGUAUAGAUGGACAAAUGGGCCGCCUGACACGACCUGGCCUGGGCACAACUAGAGCAUGGCAUGGCCCAACAUACUUUUCGUGUCGUUUCGGGCUAGCUCACAGGUUGUACCUGCGACCCAGGCACGACCCGUGUCUUAUUGGGCUGUCCAUUGUGCUCACCUUGAAAUAAGUCUAUUUUGCCUCUCUCA